GAAGUGAAUAUUGAAUUUGAAGCACAUUCCAUAUCAGACAAUGACUACAAUGGGAUAAAGAAAUUACUACAACAGUUGUUUCUAAAAGCUCCUGUUAACACUGCUGAAUUAACGGAUAUAUUAAUACAACAGAAUCAUAUUGGAAGUAUUAUCAAGCAAGCAGAAGUCCAAGAAGACAGUAGUGACGAUGAUGAUGAUGAUGAAGUUUUUGGUUUUAUAAGCUGCUUAAACUUAACGGAAAGGAAGGGUACACAGUGUGCUGAACAAAUCAAAGAGCUGAUUCUAAGUCGGUGUGAGAAGAGCUGUGAACAGCAUGUAGUUGAACAACUGAAUAAGCUUCUGAAUGACAAUACUAAGCCUGUGGGUCUUCUACUAAGUGAAAGAUUCAUUAAUGUACCACCACAGAUUGCUCUGCCCAUGCACCAGCAGCUUCAGAAAGAGUUGACUGAGGCACAGAGAACAAACAAACCUUGUGGAAAGUGCCACUACUAUCUUCUUAUCAGCAAGACCUUUACAGAAGCCACAAAGAGCAAUUCUAAGAGGAGGGAAGGGAGAAAUCAGCAAAAGGAGGAACUAAUGUUUGCAAAUGCAGAGGAAGAAUUCUUUUAUGAGAAAGCCCUUCUGAAGUUCAACUACUCUGUGCAAGAGGAAAGUGACACCUGUUUGGGUGGCAGAUGGUCCUUUGAUGAUGUACCAAUGAAACCUUUGCGGACUGUUAUGAUAGUUCCGGCUGAUGGAAUUAAUGUAAUUAUGGAUAAACUCAAAGACUAUCUCUCACUCUGAACUUUCCUAUAAACACCAUUUUUUGUAAAGCAGCCAUGCAGAACUAGGACUUCACAAUAUUUUCAGAAGACUGCUAUUGAGUUAAUGGUUUUGUACUGCUCAAAUGCUUCCUCUGUACGCUUAGAAGACAAGUAGGUGGUACAACUGAAAAUAUCCAUCGAAUUAAUAUUUUAAAAUACUGUAUCUUCUUAUACCUUGGUAUCAUCAUUAAGCAGUCAGUAAAAACCCAAUGUUACAAG